GAUUUUCUUUGCUUUUAUGUGUUAUCGAUAUCAGAACUAAAUUCCGAACCGUCUUCCUCGUGAGAUCGACCCGGGGAACGAAUCUUUCGAUUCGGUACUCGGUAAAAAGAAUAAUUUGUACACAACAGGUUAGUUUCGAGGUCCGGGCUUGGCUUCUGUAUAGACGUUCGAUAGCAGUUUCGGAAGUUAUCCCAGGUUUUAAUUUUAGUUUAAGUAUUCUGAGAUUACAUUUUAAUUUACAAAUUAGGAGUGUGGCGCAGCGGUCACUGUGUCUAUCAUUUCGCACGAGGUCAAGGGUUCGAACCUUGCCUCUGCAUAUCUAUUUUUUUUUUUUUAAUUUCUCCCAGCCCAGCAGCGCGGGCUGUCCAGCACGUACUUGGCCCGCGUUCGGCCCGACCUUUCCCUCUGUCUCUUCAGCCCGCGAGCCCGCGUCCGACCUUCCUUCAGCCCGCGUGUGCUCAACCCAUAUGAGCGUUGGCCCAAACCUAUGUUUAGGCCCAAUUUUUUUAAUGCAGCCCAUAAAUUUUAAUUGGCACCCAAAGUUGACUUUUAAGCCUAUUUUGAGUUCCGGAAACUC